GCCAGUCAGUGCGAGAAUGUCGAGCUGGUCGCUUUGUCCGCUUUUACUGGCCUUCGCGGUUCACGCCGUGCUUGGAUCCGUGGAUUUGGCUGGUUCCCUGGAUCCCUCGCUGCUGGAGAACGUGGAUGUUGACCAGCUGAGGUCCAACUAUCUGCCCCAAGGCCUUCAAAACACCAAUGUCACCUUGGCCGACUUCCAAAAGUUGCUGCAGUCGAAGUGCGAGAAGGCCAAUGGCCAUUUGCCAAAAGGAUCAAUUAACGCCUCUGACCUGAGCAAGUCCAUCGAGGAUGCGGGCAUGCACCUCGCAGAAUGCCUCUCCGGAUUGGCCAAUAUGACGGAGAUCCAGGCGGAGAUCGAGGAGGCGAGUCCCAAGGGCGACCUGGACGUGGUCUUCGAGAAGUACUGCCUCCGCUUGCCGCAGGCCAAGACCUGCCUGAAGAACUUCAACGACGCGCUCCUGCCCUGCCUGACCACCGAUGAGAAGACCCACAACGCGGUGCUGCAGAGGAUUGCGGACAAGCUGCUGGAGUUCAUAUGCUACAAGAACGGAGACCAGAUUGCGCUCUUCAUCGCCGAAGAGGGCCCCGAGUGCCUGCAGCAGAGUCGCGAAGGCAUCGCCAAUUGCCUGAACUCCUCCUUCGCCGGAUAUCUGCCCAAGACGAUUAGCCCGGAGUGGGAUCUGCCCCAGCUGGUCCUGGGUCCGAAGCAGUGCGUCGACCUCUACGCGUUCGAGACGUGCACCGUUAGUCUGCUGGAGAAGUGCGAUACGAUCACUCCCAGCAAUAUCGUAGAGUCCAUGUUCCGGUACGUUAGGAAGGAGUCCUCCUGCCAGCCCCAUAUCGACAGGGUCAAGCUGCAGCACCGCAGAGCCCUGCCCUUGACCAGUGGGUCCGGCUCAUCCGUAUCCCUGCAUCUCACCUGGACCUCUGCGAGCCUGCUAAUGGCCACUUUGCUUGCCCGACUGGCCUAACAUCCUCUGCUCUCUCUUUUUUUUGUUUGAUAUUUUAUAAUUAUGUUUAAUAAACUUUGCAAAGUCGGGAA